AUCAGUCACAUGAGGGGAGGAGUAAAGCAGGGGAGGUUUUUCACUGUGUAGCCCUUCCUGUCAUGUGACAUCAUCACAGGUCCUGCAGCCCCAGGAGGAGGAUGUGGGAUUCGGUUCUGGGUUUAUUAGAACAGUAGAUUAAAUAUUCACAACCUGGAAAUCAGCUUUUGCCUUUUGUUGCGGGAAGGAUAUCGAUUUGGUCUUGGCGUGUCUCCGCUCUACAUUUUUUGUAUUUUUCUUUUUGGACUUUUGCGUAUCCAUAGUCGACUCGGAUGUAUUUUGUGUCCCUCUACAAUCUAUAGAGGCAGCACUUUCAGGAGCCGAAUCCGAGGCGUCUGCAUCUGUCCAGCUGACACUCACUUUAGAGCUGCAGUUUUUAAUCGAGGGGAAGAUCAGAAAAGGUUCCUUAGGUUCAGGACUCUCUUCUUUAAAGCUGAUGGUCCUUUCCAUCAGUGACCCACCAAGGAUGGAGAAGGACAGAGACCACAUGGCUUCAAGGAUAUUAGACCUCACCCUGGAGAUCAUCUCCUUGAUAACUGGAGAGGAUUACACAGUAGUGAAGAAGUCGUCUGGUGAGUGUGUGACACCCCGUGUGUCAGGAGGAUGUAGCAGGACCCAGAGUCCCCAUCACCGAGCCUCCACCGCAUUCCCUGAUGCAUGAGCAGAAGAUCCUAGAACUUACCACCAGUAUCACUGAGCUACUGAGUGGAGAGUUUCCUAUAAGGUGUCAGGAUGUCGCUGUCUAUUUCACCAUGGAAGAGUGGAAGUAUUUAGAAGAACACAAAGAUCUGUACAAGGACGCCAUGAUGGAGAAUCCCCAGUCCCUCACACCACCAGAUACACUUAUUCCACCAUCGUUACCUCCUGUGAAAUCCAGCAUCUCACAGAAGCCAAAAACACAAGGGCAGGCAGUCCUACAAGACAAGGGCAGGCAGUCCGACAAGACGAUCACAAGCCAUUCAUUUCGACGAUCUCGUUAUCCCCUCCGAAAUACGUCUCACAGAAGCCUACAAGACGAGGGCAGGCAGUCCUACAAGACAAGGGCAGUCAGUCCUACAAGACCAUCACAAGCCAUUCAUUUAGAAGGUGAAGACGGGUUGAGCAGCUCCCAUGGAUACUUAAAUUUAUCUUCCUACCAUGAAGUAGAAGAUAACACCACACAAGCUAAUUCAAUAACUCCUAAUGUACCCUCAGUCUUUCAAAGCGAAGAUCUAUCCACUGACACCACUGGUCACAAGAAAAGUUUGUGUAAUCAAUCACUGAUUGGCAAAACCAGAACUAAACAGAAAUGUGGGAAACAUUUAAAACAAAAAUCUAAUCUUUCUUUGUAUAAGAGAAAUCCUCACAAAUCAUUUUCAUGCUCUGAAUGUGGGAAAUCUUUUACCAGGAAAUUCAUUCUAGUUGGACAUCAGAGAACUCACACAGGAGAGAAGCCUUAUUCAUGUUCAGAAUGCGGAAAAUCUUUUUCCACAAAAUUCAUUCUAGUUGCACAUCAGAGAAGUCACACAGGAGAGGAGCUGCUUUCAUGUUCAGAAUGUGGGAAACAUUUUAGUCAGAAAUUGCACCUUUAUAGACAUCAGAGAACUCACACUGGGGAGAAGCCAUUUCCAUGUCCUGAAUGUGGGAAGUGUUUUAGUGAGAAAUCAUAUCUUGUGGGCCAUCUAAAAAUCCACCUAGGGGAGAAGCCAUUUUCAUGUUCAGAAUGUGGGAAAUGUUUUAGCCGUCAAUCACAUAUUAUUCAGCAUCAGAGAACACACACAGGGGAGAAGCCAUUUUCAUGUUCAGAAUGUGGGAAAUGUUUUAGCCGUCAAUCACAUAUUAUUCAUCAUCAGAGAACUCACACAGGGGAGAAGCCAUUUUCAUGUUCAGAAUGUGGGAAGAGUUUUAGUACAAAAUGGUAUCUUGCUAAACAUCAGAAAACUCACACAGGUGAGAAGCCAUUUAUGUGUCCUGAAUGUGGGAAGUGUUGCAGGUGGAAAUCGCAACUUGUUGCACAUCAGCGAGUUCACACAGGGGAGAAGCCAUUUUCAUGCUCAGAAUGCGGUAAAUGUUUUCGUCUGAAAUCACAUCUUGCGGCACAUCAGAGAAUUCACACAGGGGAGAAGCCGUUUGUGUGUUUUGAAUGUUUGAAGUAUUUUGGUCAGAAGGCAUUGCUUAUAAAACAUCUAAGAACUCACACAGGAGAGAAGCCAUUUUCAUGUUCAAAAUGUGGGAAGUCUUUUAGUCAGAAAUCAAGUCUUUCUAGACAUGAGAGAACUCACUCAUAGGAGAAACCAUUUUAAUGUUUAGAUUGUAGGAAAUGUGCAGCUUCAUUGUAGGACCUGCAGCCUUCUGCUUAUUAACUUAAUGUGGUUUUACGAGACUUUAAUACCGAUUACCUAUUUUCAGGAUAGCUCAUCAGUACCUGAACAAUGGAGAUCCAACUGCUGGAAUGCCCACUGAUGAACUGUUGGAGAAGGCAUCAGCGCUCACAGUAGCGCCGCUGCCUUCUUUUUUCUAGGCCAGUGACAACACAUUCAUUGGUCACAUGGCCUCAUCCCCAUAGAAGUGAAUAGGGCUGAGCUUCAAUUCCAAGCACAGCCGCUAUACUAUGUUUGGCACUGUGCUUGGUGAGCUGAGAGAAGUCAAUGGUGUUCACAGGAGCUUCUGUGCCUUUUCAAAUAGCUGGUCGGUAGGGAUCCCGGGUGUUGGACUUCCACGAUCAGAUACUGAUUACCUAUUCUGAGGAUAGGUUAUCCGUAUUAAAGUCUUUGAAAAACCCUUUUAACCCCUUGAGGAUCAAUGUCAUGUACUGUACAGACAGAUUUACUAAAAACCAGCACUAAAUGUUUGUGACAUUGUGAUCACAUUGGCACUACUGCUGUCCCAAGAGUAGGACCACAGGUGUAAUUCAUGGCCACUAUUCUGGCUGCAGCAACAUAGAUCACUGUUUAACUCCCUGCCUGCUGUUAUCAAAGCUGAUGGAGGGGAGCAAAGGUCAUCCCAUUUGAUGUCAUUUAGACAUGAUGGAAAUUCUGAUACAAAUUUGCCAUCUUACUGGUCAGGAAGAGUACGGAACAUGUUUUAUUUUUUUGUCAUUUUCCUAUCUGUAUGAUUACAUAAUAGAAGAGAAUAUAUAGGGACAUACCUACAUAGUAACAUAGUAAAUAAGGCCGAAAAAAGCCAUCCGUCCAUCCAGUUCGGCCUGUCAUCCUGCAAGAUGAUCCAGAGGAAGGCAAAACAAAACCCUGUGA